UACAAAGAGCAAAAAUGACGUCUAGAGAUCAAAGCUGACCCACUGAAAAGCGCUGCUGACUUUCUUCCUCAAUUCAAAGUGUUUGUUGACUCGCCUCUAAGCGUGUCUUUCUGUGUGCCGUCUAUUUUAUCUUACGAGGCUAAUCUCUCUUUGCGCAUUAGGUAGGUGUGACAAGACACUUGAGAAAGAAAACAUUAACCGAUUUUGGGACCAAGAUGGCUUUACACUUUUGCGAUGCGUUUUGGGGUGCUGACUUUGCCGACCAAUCAGGUUAUGAGGCCAUAUUGCAGAGGUUACAGGAUGGCAGACACAUGUGCAAAGAUGUAGAAGACCUAUUGAAAAUGAGAGCAAUGGCGGAAGAGAAGCACGGCAGAGAGCUGGUGGCGAUUGCUCGAAAGGCUGAGGGUCAAACCGAGAUUGGAACAUUAAAGGCAUCGUUUGACAAGAUGAAAGCAGAGAUUGAGAAGACAGGAAACCUGCAUAUCCAACUAUCUGAAAGAAUAAGGGAGGAAGUUAAGAAAAUAGAAUCAUUUCGAGAACACCAGAGGGAACAGAGAAAAAAGCUUGAAGAGAUUAUUGAAAAACUUCAGAAACCUAAAAUGGUGUUACACAAGAAGACAGUAGAGUCAAAAAGUUUUUAUGAGCAGAGAUGUAAGGAGGCUGUUGAAGCUGAGCAAGCAGUGGUGAAGACGACAAAUGUGACCAUCUCCACCCAUCGGCAAUCAGAAAAGGUGCUGAACAGGGCCCGAUUAUGCAGGCAAGCAGCCAACCUGGCAGAAAAGCAGUACAGGUGGAAUGUUGAUCAGCUAGAGAAAACUCGCCAGGACUGGGAGAGUACAUACAGGAGUGCAUGUGAGGUGUUUCAGCAGCAGGAAUCUGAACGCAUUAAUAUCUUGCGCUGUGUGUUAUGGGAUCACUGUAAUCUGCUGUCUUUGCAGUGUGUCAGGGAUGAUGAGUGCUAUGAGGAAGUACGGAAUAUUUUAGAGCAGUGUGACAUCAUCACUGACAACAACUACUUCAUUGAGAAGAAAAAGACUGGCUGUUGUCCACCAGCUCCCAUUGAGUUUCUGUGUUACUGUGACGUGGACACUAAUGGGAGUGUCCAGAGGCCUGAAACGAAGAGAUUAUCGGUUGUGCUGCCAAGGAUAGUGCCCUCUAGUGGCAGCCGUGAAGCAGGCAGUAAUUUGGGUGAACCAUAUACUCUUGUUCAAGAAAGGGAAGGUGCCACUGAGAAGAAGUACAUGGUUUUAUAUGAUUUUAAAGCACAGGAAGCAGAUGAGCUGUCUAUCAUUAAAGGAGAAGUUGUUACAGUAACUGAGAAAGGCGAGGAUGGGUGGUGGACUGCAUGGAGGAAUGGCAUAUCUGGGCUCGUCCCUGGAACGUACUUGACCAAAAUCUCACUGCAGAGUUACAGCUCACAUCUUGCUACUCCUCAUCCUGAACAUAACCCCAUCAACUGGAAUAAAGCAAAUCUGGAUAUGACUUUAAAAUGAGCAGAGUAGUUAUUACACUAAGUCUAACUAAGAUGAUGUGUUAAGACUAUACUUAUUGUGCAGUGUGAAAGAUAUCAGCUCUUGACAUAUUUUCUUAGGAAUUCUUCUUGAUUAAGUAAGUUAUGAAGUUACUCCCACAUGGCACUGUUCUGCAGUUGUUUGUACAAUGAAUCUGUUCUAGAUGGGAUUUGGAGGUGAAUGCCAUUGUGUGUCAUCAAGAAAAGUCUUUAUUUGACUCGAUUAUGAAUUUAUCUUUUAAACAUGUAUUUGUAUAUAUUUAGCAUUUAUUUUUUCUUCUUUUGCUCAUAUUAGGCUUUAUUUAUAGGAUAGUACUGUAUAUGAACAGGAAAGUAUGGAAAGAGAGGGUGAACAGCUCUUGUAUUUCAGGAGUAAAUGUGCUACUUCUGCGCCACAGCUCUAACAUAUUUAGUACUGUUAAUGUUAUGAAAUUAGUAUAAUGUUGUAAUUUAUAGUAGGCUUCUGUCUUUUAUAUUUACUAUCUGUGACGUACUAAUGCAUUUUACUAAGAAAGAUGUGCCCUGUCUGUCAGAACACAAGUGCAUUUCUUUUUCAGUACAACAACUGUCUGUCUAGACCAGUUUGUGGAUUAAGUAGUCUCCUUAAUAGACAGUACCACAUUAACCACCUUAAUGAGCAUGCUCUAAAACUGAAGGAAAGCCUUCAGAUGUUAAUUGUCAAGGAGGCCAACUUAAUAUUAUAUGAGCUGUUUUAUUUUUCAUUUGUUUUCUGUGAGAUUUGCAAUUUUUGCAACCCUGUUACUGAAAUUUGGAAAAGUCUAAAUACUGUUUAAAAUCCAGAGAUUUUUGUGAUGUUGUUAACAUAAAAAUAAAUAACAAAUAUAUAAUAAUAAAUAUAUAAUCAAAAUUAAAUUGAACAUAAUUUAAAAAAACAAAACCCAUAUACCACAACUUGAAUGAAUGAAUGCAGUCAACACAAUAUCUGUAAAAGUUGAGAAAAUAUAAUGAUUAUUGAUCACAUUGGCUCUUUAAUACAUGCAGGAAGGGGAACAAUCAAAAGACUUGUGUGUUUAUUAGACUUUAUUUGAUGCAAUUUAUUUACAUUUUUUGGGUUUAUAUUUUGCUCUGUCUCUGGGGAAUGUGUUGGAGGAUUUAUUUUUAGGACAUAUUUACUUUUGUUGUAUAUUUCUCUAUUGUAUAUUUCUCUAACAUGUUGGUGUAUUGUCCUUUUUUUCAUAAUUAAGAGUGUGAUCUUCAGAGAUCCCAUUGGACUGGU